GAUGUACAAGCAACAUCUCCUCAUUCUUGAUCAACAAAGUUGACUAAAAGAAAUUAUCAUUUUUUUUGUGUGAAGAAACUAUCAUUUCUCUUAACUAAAUCGUAACGUUACGUUCAAUCAUAAUGGCGAUAAUCGAGCUCUGUGUCAAAGCUGCUGUGGGUGCCCCUGAUGUUCUUGGAGACUGUCCAUUUUGCCACUGGGUUCUUUUGACUCUUGAAGAGAAGAAAGUUCCCUAUAAGACUCAUCUAAUUGAUGUAUCCAGCAAACCUGAAUGGUUUCUUGAAGUGAACCCAAGUGGGAAAGUUCCCUUGAUAAAAUUUGACGACAAAUGGCUUUCCGAUUCUGUUGUUAUUAUUGGUCUUCUUGAAGAGAAGUAUCCGCACCCUCCUCUUUCUACUCCCGCUGAACUCUCCUCUGUGGGGUUGGAGAUUUUCGACAAGUUUGUAGCAUUCUUAAAGAGCAAAGAUGCAAAAGAUGGGACAGAACAUGCUCUCCUUGAUGAGUUAAAGGCAUUGGAUGAACACCUCAAGAAUCAUGGGCCUUAUGUUAAUGGAGAAAUAAUCACAAGCGUUGAUCUGCGUUUGGCACCAAAGUUGUACCACCUUGAGGUAGCUCUUGGUCACUUUAAGAAGUGGACCGUCCCCGAUAGUCUGCCCCAUCUGCAAAUCUACACAAAGUCACUCUUUUCUCGAGAGUCGUUUGAGAAAACAAAAGCUGCUAAAGAAUAUAUUUAUGCUGGAUGGGCGCCAAAGGUUAAUGUAUGAAGCCAUCUGAACUAUAUAUAUUGUUCAUUUUACGAGUACCACUUUAUAUCAUUUUUGAAUUGCAUCGAGAAUAAUCUUUAAAAUAUCUUUU